AAAUCUUUACCUGAUAUGUGUAACCCAUCCAGCUUUCCUUUCCAACAACAAGACACACACCGAACAUUGUAUAACGAAACCCCCCUGCGGAAAAAUAUCGGGCCAAGAAACAUAUCACGACACACACCACCGGGGUGGUCGUUGCUCGGCUCGGACCAGCGGAGCCUGUCGUGUGAUUGGCCAGUCUAGCCCGCUCGCGUCUUUCGCCUCUUUGGCCAUGGACGAGAGGAAGUUUUCUACUUUUUGAGAAAAGAGAGACCUGAGAAAGAGAGAGAGAGAGAGAGUCCUACCGCUUUUAAUUUGAGUUACGACGACCAAGUACUACUUACAUAACAAUACGAGGCAAAGUUGUGUCAAAAUGUGUCACAUUCUCGAGCGGAAAUCGCAACUUCUUGGCCUUCCCGCUCCGUGUGACAGAAUCUCUGACAUGUGCCGUGCUCCAUCCCCAGCGAGAAGAGAAGGUGUUGUCCGCUGUUGAAGAUGGGACAAAAACCCCUGGGAGGAAGAUGGGGCGGAAAAAAAAAAAAACAGAGAUUAGCACGUGCGCAAUCGCGGGGCUGAGCGGAGCAGAACGGAUCAGCUCGGGGCGGAGACACACGAACGAAGCAGCAAUCUUGGGUUUCUUUGUUGUUGCUUCUCUUUCGCGAUUGCACCGAUCUCCAGCAGCAGCAAGCAGCGGCAUGGGGCAAGCGUUUUUUUGAUUUUCCUUUUUUAUGGCUCCACCGGUUUAAUUCUUAUUGGAUGCUCCACAACCCCAACGGACGGACGAGAGAGAGAAAAAGGCGGGGCCGUAAAUGACAGCAUCUGGAGAGAGGGAGAGAGAGAAGAAUUGAGGGGUUGGCCAAUGGAAGCUGGCCGAUUUUGAACCACACGCACACACCACACAUGGUUUUGGCGAGGGAUCAGGGGUCGGAUCAAUGGCUCGAAUUGAGAAGCUGACGAUACGGACGGACGGUGCAUGUUCGAUGCGGUGUGGUGGUGGUAGGCUGGCAGGUGACUGAGCAUAAACUUCACGCAAGAGGAGAGGAGAAGGGGGGUCCAUUCUGAAAUAACCAUCUGCUGGGGUUGAGAGCAGCAUGUGGUUUCGUGACGACGACUUUUUGGGAUUGUUUUGUGUGUACUGGCUCGAUUCGACAUUUUCCCUCGUGAUCGCAUGUGAGUGGCCCCCCCUUGAACAACUAUGUAAACCCCUUCCCGAUGUGGGGACGCCUUCUUCGAUUUUUCAGAUUGAUGGGUUUCUGUAAGGUACAUGUACAUGUCAAGCAACCUGAAUUUCAGGUGGUUGCCGCCUGGAUACUUUCGCAAUGUUUGGUUGCUACCUCGAAGGUACAUCGCAUUGGCUUGCGAGUUCAAAGCAGGCGAUCCGCCCGCCCCGCCAGGGCCAACCUCUCCACACCUUGUCCGCUUCUUCCUUGUCGAGCCCCCCCAGAUUACUCCAUCCAACCAGGGAUGA